AGUGCUGGCAUGUCUGCGAAGGAGAGGCCCAAAAGCAAAGCCGCCCCCGUCACCAAGGAAAGCGUCACCCUGUUGCCUUGCUUUUAUUUCGUGGAGCUGCCCAUACUGGCCUCUUCUGUUGUCAGUCUCUAUUUCCUUGAACUCACGGAUGUCUUCAAGCCAGUACAUGCCGGAUUCAGCUGUUAUGAUAGAAGUUUGAGUAUGCCAUACAUUGAACCUUCCCAGGAGGCUGUUCCUAUCUUGAUGUUGCUCAGUUUGGCUUUUGCUGCUCCUGCCAUUAUGAUUAUGGUAGGUGAGAGCAUUCUCUAUUGCUGCCUUUCCAAACGCCGGAAUGGAAUUGGAGCCGAGGCCAAUAUCAACGCAGGCGGCUGCAAUUUCAACUCUUUCCUUAGGAGAGCUGUCCGAUUUGUUGGUGUCCAUAUCUUUGGCCUUUGUGCUACCGCACUCGUCACUGAUAUCAUACAGUUGUCAACUGGAUAUCAGACACCGUAUUUCCUGACUGUAUGCAAACCUAAUUAUACUUCCCUCAACGUAUCGUGCUCAGAAAAUUCUUACAUCGUGGAGGAUAUUUGCUCAGGAUCUGAUCCUAUUAUCAUCAAUGAUGGCAGAAAGUCAUUUCCUUCACAACAUGCCACCCUGGCAGCAUUUGCAGCUGUGUAUGUUUCGAUGUACUUCAAUUCUACGCUAACCGACUCCUCUAAACUUCUGAAACCACUUCUAGUCUUCGCUUUUAUCAUCUGCGGGAUUAUAUGUGGCCUGACACGCAUCACCCAAUACAAAAACCACCCAGUCGAUGUUUAUUGUGGCUUUUUAAUUGGGGGUGGAAUUGCCCUUUACUUGGGUCUGUAUGCUGUGGGGAACUUUCUGCCAAGUGAAGACAGCAUGUUCAAUCAUAACGUACACAGAGAGCCAUUGAGACCUUUGCCUGACCUAAGCCAAGAUCCCAAUCGAAUUUUACCAGGGAAAAACGGUAGUGGAAACGAUGCCAUCACGACUCAUCAUGUGGAGAACAUGUUGAACAGGAACCACAGAGACACCGGCUCCUUGACAAACCUGAAGAGAGCGAAUGCUGACGUAGAGAUUAUAAUGCCACGAAGUCCGAUGGGAAAGGAAAACAUGGUCACAUUCAGCAACACCUUGCCAAGAGUCAACACACCUGCAGUAGAGGAAUCGGUUCGACGGAACGCGUCCAUCCAUGCCUCCAUGGAUUCUGCCCGCUCUAAACAACUCCUCUCUCAAUGGAAGAAUAAGAAUGAAAGUCGGAAGCUGUCCCUGCAGGUUAUUGAAACCGAUUCUGGACAGUCACCACCUAGGGCCAUUGAAAUGAGGUCAAGCUCUGAGCCAUCUAGAGUGGGUGUUAAUGGAGAUCACCAUGGCCCAAGCAAUCAGUACCUGAAAAUUCAGCCUGGUAGCAUGCCAGGCUGCAACAGUGUUGGCCUAUCUGGGGGACCCAGAGUUUCCAUUCAGUCACGUCCAGGAUCUUCCCAGCUUGUGCACAUCCCUGAAGAGACCCAGGAAAAUGUGAACAUGUCUCCCAAAACGAAUUCUGCUCGAGCAAAGUGGUUAAAAGCUGCCGAGAAGAGUGUUGGAUGCAGAAGUAACAGCCAGCCAAGGAUCAUGCAGGUCAUAGCCAUGUCAAAGCAACAAGGAGUCCUUCAGGGCAGCCCAAAGGGCACUGAUAGCAGCACAGUCACCUGUACAGGAGCGAUCCGCUACAAAACCUUGACAGAUCACGAACCGAGCAGCAUUGUAAGGGUAGAGGCCCAUCCUGAGAAUAGCCGCCCCAUCAUCCAAAUGCCGUCCGAAGGAGAAGGCAGCGGCUCCUGGAAAUGGAAAGCCCCCGAGAAAGGGAGCCUUCGCCAAACAUACGAGCUCAACGAUCUCAACAGAGACUCUGAGAGCUGCGAAUCUUUGAAAGACAGUUACAGUUCCGGGGAUCGGAAAAGAAGCAACAUCGAGGGCAGUGACCAUCAUCAUCAUGGGAUCACCACAAUAAGAGUGACCCCUGUAGAAGGCAGUGAGAUCGGCUCAGAGACCCUGUCCAUUUCCUCUAGCCGUGACUCAACACUUCGGAGAAAAGGUAAUAUCAUUUUAAUCCCCGAAAGAGGCAGCAGCCCCGAAAAUACCAGGAAUAUCUUCUACAAAGGAACAUCUCCAACAAGAGCUUACAAAGAAUGA